UUUAGCUGAAAAUGACAGAACCGUUAUCUUUGAUGUACGGAAUCGAUUUGCCAGCACGAAGUAUUGUUGGUCUUCCAGCGGAACAAGAAAGAACUUUAUUUCUUGUUGGUACCUUAUCGUUAAAGCAGGAUAAUCAGGUUUGCUUACUGGAAGUCGAUGAUGACUGGCUUCAGAUCACGAAACGGUCAUUUAAUCAUCUUGCUGGUGAGAUUUGGUGUAUAUCAAGUUCGUCCGUUGAUCCGAACAUUAUUGCCACAUGUUAUGUUGCUUCACGAAGUGGUGUUGGUUUGUGGAAACUGAAUGAUGAUGAAUCGAAUUUGAUCGAUCUUGCACAAUAUGAAUCCCCUCUGAAAAGUGGAAGAUGCAUUUCGGCUGAAUUCCAUCCAAGUGGGAAUAAAAUGGCCAUUGCCGUUAAUAAUUUUGUACUGUUGGCUGAUGUCAGCAACUCAUUGAAGAUAGAAAACUCUACAUCAGUCGACAGUAAGGCACCAAUAAGCGCAUCAGUGUGGAGUCCCCACUCAAACGGAAGCACCUUAGCAAUAGCUUAUGAUGCAUCGGUGAAAGGAAUUGAUAUUCGUAGUUUGCAGGAAGCGUUUUGUAUUGAACACGUAAAUUCACCUCGUGUCAGAAAUCUGGAUUUCAAUCCCAAUAUGCAGCACAUUGUAGCAACUUGUGGUGACGAUUUCAGGGUGGCAUUAUGGGAUAUGCGGAAAGUGAAUACUCCAUUGAAAUUUUUACAAGAUCAUUCGCAUUGGGUAUGGUGUGUCAAGUUUAACCCCAUUCAUGAUCAAUUGUUGUUAUCAGCAGGCAGUGAUGCUAGAUUGUUUCUCAAUAGCCUCGAAUCUCUUAGCUCUGAAUCUAUCCAUUCCCUUGCAUUGGUACAGGACGAAAGCUAUUCUUCACCCGAAAAUAUUUUGGGUGAUGAACGUCUUGAGAAGAUGGAAGAGCAUGAGGAAUCGGUAUACAGCUGUGCAUGGGCUGGUAACGAUCCGUGGGUUUUCGCUUCAGUUUCCUUCGAUGGUAGAGUAAUCGUUUCAAAAGUAAAACGACAUCAUAAAUAUGCUAUAUUGCGGUUAUAG